GGAAGGCCUGGGAAGAUGGUCGAAAAAUGUAGUUGCGUUACAAGGUUUGUCGGUGUUACGGAACUAUGAGGUCGGACCCGGAGGAGGUAAAUCUGCUGUUAGUAGUACAAGUACUAAGGGAAGAACUCCAUCUUCAUCGUCAUCUAGUACGAGAAACUCUUCGAGCAGCACAACGAACACAUCAACAUCUACAUCUCCAACCACUCCCAUGACCAAGGAGGAGGAAGCAAGCGCAGCGUCCUUGUUCUUAGUCGAAACUAUAAUACGACAUGCAUUGACUACGCAGUAUACAACGGGGGGUUACGCUGGUACUUCGCCCUAUGAUAUUUCCACCUUCGCAGACAUGAUUUUGCGUUUGAUGCGCUCGUCGGCAGACGCGAACGACGGCGCAGACGAGAUCACGGAGGCAGGAGUGUUGACGAUUUUGCAUCGGGUUUUUGUCGAUGUGUUGUUGGAACAACAUCGUUGCAGCGGCGGGAUAAGUGCUGCUGUGAGCGGCGGGAUAAGUGCUGCUGUGAGUAACUACCCCAAAGCAAAAGCAAACAGCACAUCUUCUAGACCACCUUCAUCUUCCACAAGACCGACAUCCAAGGGGAACAUUGCUUCCCAAGAACUACACGGCGAUCUAGUACCCUUACACACCGUAGAUCUGUACGGCAAGCAAGAAGAUUUGGUAUUGGACAAGACAACGGGGAUGUUGGUGAAGGUCGUGUCCAAUCCGUCGAUAGCGAUUGGUGAACUGUCUAUGCCUGGAUGGAUACGAAAAGCUGCCCAUGCUCAUGCGGUUGUUAAGGCUUGAAAGUUGGCCUAUCAUCUAAGAGCGCGUCUCUAUGUCUUCUUCAAGGAGGAAAUCCUUAGAUAAGUAUGCGAGCUAGAGACGCCAGCUUUCAAUCUCUAACUCUGACGCGGAGGCUAUUCCAAACUACUACCUCAACCUACUAGACCAUGCAGCAGAGACGUCGACGCGUUUUGCAGGGACUUUUCUACCGUUGACGCUACACGCGGUGUUUGUUAUGUCAAAAACGUUUGUUUUAGGCCGUUGUUUGAGACAAGAACGAAGAGAGAUAUGAGACAGCCACUCCCGGAUCAUGUUCUCAACAUUUUUGUACAACUCGAUACUCAAAUUUUUAUGUGUCAAUGUUGAGUCAUCCUGCAUGCUCUAUUUCUAACCUCCGCUUUUUCGAAGCCCUAGCAUCACUGGACAACGUCUACCUGUUGUUGAGGAAGUGGCUGCACAUGUCUAUCGUUUUUCAAGCGGUGGAUCAGGAACAGAGGGAACUGCAACGGUGGAACCAUCUUGCGGACAUGUGGGAAGAGAGCCAUGAAAUUGUUAGCGAGGUAGGAGCUACUGCUUACGCUUAAUAGAUUAGUAUUCCUUAUGCAUGUUCACAUCAGUACCAGUAGUCUUUGGCGCCAUCAUGCAGUUAAUGAGCUUUUCGUUUUGUCCAUUCCACGCACUCGAUCUGAUUCAGAAUUAUUCUGUAAGUAGUCUCCCAGUAGUACUACACCAUCUUCAACAAAGUAGCCAAAUAAAACUUCAAGUCAGGUGAAUUCCGAGAGUCAGAUUCAGGCGAUAUUUUUCGAGGAAGUGAUGAUUCAUUUUUUGAUGGAGAUAUCCGACAAAUUCUACGAUAUGGAGCCGACGCCAGCAGCAUUUCCAGUUUCUGGGAAGAAACCUCUGUCUAUUAUGGUUGACAGCUUUUUCCCGUAGCAGGCUUAUUCGCAAUGUCAAGUGGAACCCAGGGAAAGAAAAUUCAAUGACAAAUACCAAUCAGAAUCAAGAUGAAGUACUUAAAACAAGAGUAGAAUUAGAAUAGAACAACUGCUCAAAACUAGCAUAGUGAAAUUGAUAUCGAUGUCCUCGCUAAUCUCAGUGACGAAGCCACUACUCCAGGAGAAGGGAGCGCCAUCGUUUUGACCAGUGACACGCGAGUAAUUGCUGGUGUCCCGACCAAACAGGCGAGUAAUAGCAGCAAGACCAACUCUACUACAGGACCACAGCAUGGCAAGACAACUACACCCACUUCCUCUAUAUCCUCAAAAUUGCGUGGAGCACCGACACGAGGAGCCGAAGGUAGGUCCACGAGAAAGCGAGACUACGUUCGGAAACCGCAGUUUGGUGCAGCAUAUGUGCAGCCUUUGCCACCUGCUCCAAUCGUGGAUCCCAAUACUGGGCUUAGACGAGGUGGCCUUCGAUUUGGCGCGCAUUGUGUACAACCAGGGAUAGGGAUGGAAGCUCUAGGGGGGUCGGCAUCGUUUAGAAACCAUGGGAGAGGAGUUGACGCUGUUGGUGUGCUAGGAGAUGGAAAAACUACAGGCUUGAUUUCACCAAGUGCUGGUGGAGUUGCACACUCAACAUGGCCAGCAACGCCUGCUUAUCUCCAAUAUGGCGCUCACAGUGCAACAAGUACGCCUAUGUCCGGAGGAUACCCGCGUCAACACACGACACCAAGUGGAAACAAACAGGUGACGCACCCAUUCUCGGUGUCAUCUUCGAGCUCCGUCGUAGCAGUAACCUCCUCCGAACAACUAGCAGAAUUGGAGAAGAAAAGGCGAGAAGAGGCGAGACGCGCCCAGCGGCAAAGCUUCAGAGACUUCUUUCUGACAAGACGAGGCUUUAGAUCCUUCUCGACAGCACAAUCGUUCUUUAGACAACAGACUGAAAGGUUGAAACACGUUUUCCUGACCUUCGCGGAUCAUUUAGAAGACCUCCAACGCAGACUAGCUGCGCGUGACAUGGUCUACGACGAGAAAGAAGGGAAAAUAGUUUUCCUAACACAGACAAGGCGCGAAAAACUCUUCCACGACAUGGAAUCUCUCCUAGCAGACGAGCCAUUGCACCGGGCGCUGAGUUGGGCCUUAGAUCCGGAGUUUGAUGCGGGGACGAUGAGCGCAGCGUUGUUGAAUUAUGGGAGAUAUUAUACUAGUAAUAGUAACUCCCCGGGCCCGGGUGCCCCGGGAGACGUUAAGGAAGGGAAAAGGAUACUUUAGGGACGUGGGUGGAGGUGAAUGGUUUCACAAGGUGAAACGGGCGCCCGAGGGGCACGCACUCCCCUCCGCGUCGCGGGAAAGGGGAGCGGGGGCGCGGUGAUUAUAUAUACAAGAGGAAGGCGGCAGCACUGGCACCGGUGUCCGCGGUUUUUUUCUUCUCUUCCGUCUCUUUGUCCCGUUCGUGGCCUUGUGUCCAGACUCUAGCGAACAACAAGAACAAAGCAAAACGGAGGCCCGCGAGGGCCGUCCGCAAAUUAUAGCGAAAAAAAGGGGGCCCCGUUCCCAUAGUAAGAAGGAACAAGCAAACAAGAGGCGCCGGCGGGCAGUGAAACACGCACCACCACGGGCACCAUCUUCAACGCGUUGGCCACAGCAGGCGCGGGUGUUCGUGGCUUUUUUCUCCUUUUCUCCCUCUUUGUCCCGUUCGUGGCCUUGGGUCCGGACCAUAGCGAACAACAAGAACAAAGGAAACAGAGCGGAGGCCCGCGAGGGUCGUCCGCAAAUUAUAGCGAAAAAGGGGGGGCCGUGUUCCCAAGUUGGUGACAAGAGUAAGCAGCCAGGAGGCGCCGGCGGGCAGUUAAACACGCACCACCACGGGCACCAUUUUCAACGCGUUGGCCAUAGCUGGCGCGGGUGUCCGCGGGUUUUUUCUUCUCUUCUGUCUCUCUGUCCCGUUCGUGGCUUUGUGUCCGAACUUUGGCGAACAACAAGAACAAAGGAACGCGGAGGCCCGCGAGGGUCGCCCGCAAAUUAUAGCGAAAGCGCGGACCUUGCUCCCAAAGUAAGAACAAGCAACGAGGAGGCGCCGGCGGGCAGUGAAACACGCACCACCACGGGCACCACCGUCAACGCGUUGGCCAUAGCUGGCGCGGGUGUUCGUGGCAUUUAUCUUCUUUUCUCCCUCUUUGUCCAGUUCGUGGCCUUGGGUCCGAACAAUAGCGAACAACAAGAACAAGGGAAACAAAGCGGAGGCCCGCGAGGGUCGUCCGCAAAUGAUAGCGAAAAAAGGGGGGCCGUGUUCCCAAGAUGGUGACAAGAGUAAGCAACCAGGAGGCGCCGGCGGGCAGUUAAACACGCACCACCACGGGCACCAUUUUCAACGCGUUGGCCAUAGCUGGCGCGGGUGUCCGCGGUUUUUUUCUUCUCUUCCGUCUCUUUGUCCCGUUCGUGGCCUUGUGUCUGAACUAUAGCGAACAACAAGGACAAAGGAAAACGGAGGCCCGCGAGGGUCGUCCGCAAAUUAUAGCGAAAAAAAGGGGGCCCCGUUCCCAUAGUAAGAACAAGCAGCCAAGAGGCGCCGGCGGGCAGUGAAACACGCACCACCACGGGCACCAUCUUCAACGCGUUGGCCAUAGCUGGCGCGGGCGUUCGUGGCUUUUUUCUUCUUUUCUCUCUCUUUGUCCCGUUCGUGGCCUUGGGUCUGAACCAUAGCGAACAACAAAGACAAAGGAACGCGGAGGCCCGCGAGGGUCGUCCGCAAAUUACAGCGAAAAAAGGGGGGCCGUGUUCCCAUAGUAAGAACAAGCAACGAGGAGGCGCCGGCGGGCAGUUAAACACGCACCACCACGGGCACCAUUUUCAACGCGUUGGCCAUAGCUGGCGCGGGUGUUCGCGGUUUUUUUCUUCUCUUCUGUCUCUUUGUCCCGUUCGUGGCCUUGUCGUGUCCGAACUAUAGCGAACAACAAGAACAAAGCAAAACGGAGGCCCGCGAGGGUCGUCCGCAAAUUAUAGCGAAAAAAAGGGGACCCCGUUCCCAUAGUAAGAACAAGCAAACAAGAGGCGCCGGCGGGCAGUGAAACACGCACCACCACGGGCACCACCUUCAACGCGUUGGCCACAGCUGGCGCGGGUGUUCGUGGCUUUUUUCUUCUUUUCUCUCUCUUUGUCCCGUUCGUGGCCUUGGGUCCGAACCAUAGCGAACAACAAGAACAAAGGAAACAAAGCGGAGGCCCGCGAGGGUCGUCCGCAAAUUAUAGCGAAAAAAGGGGGGCCGUGUUCCCAAGAUGGUG